GAGAAGUGGGUAAGGUGAGCUGAAACUUGACAACUAUGAGAUCAAUCACAGCCUCAUUCCGAUAGUGCAUAUCCACUGGCAAACCAGGUGAGGGGCGACCUUCCAGAUUCCACAGCACAGCUGAAUGGCUUAUCAUUUCAAAAGUCUGCCUGCAGUUUCCACUAAGACUUUUUUCUUUUGCUUGCGCAUUGGAACAUAUCAGGUUUGCCUGUGAUUAAUAACGUCGGUUGAUGAGAACUGCUUUUUUUAUCCAAGGUUUUAAAUCCUCAUUCAUGGCAUAAACCUGAGCGGCAUUAAAUACAGUAGCAGCAGUGCGUUGUUCUUAUAAAUGUCCACUAAACCCGAUAAAGACUCACAGGGAGAUCUGACCCACCUAGACGCACUCAAAGCAGAGUGGGAUGAAGAGAUUGACGUGGAAAGCGUUGACGGACGGGAGCCCGUGGCGCGCAGGUCAGAGAUGAUGUGGACGGAUGAAGCUCCAGCGCAGCGCAAACUGACCCGCAGCCCGAAGUGCGCUCGCUGCAGGAAUCACGGCGUCGUGUCGCGCCUCAAGGGCCACAAGCGCUUGUGUCGCUGGCGGGACUGUCAGUGCGCGAACUGUCUGCUCGUCGUAGAGAGACAAAGAGUGAUGGCAGCGCAAGUCGCCCUCAGGAGACAGCAGGCCACAGAGGGGAAAAAAGGUCAAAAAAAGACCUCUCUUCUCAGGUGCACAGCCUACCAGCGCUACACAAGGGCACCUAGUCUCCUGGCAAAGAGUAUUCUAGAGGGCUACAAGCCACCUAUGCUGGAGGACUGGCCAAAGAAACUCCACAACCCACCAGUUAGUGUUCGGAUGAGGAAGAGGAGAGCGUUUGCUGAUAAAGAGCUGGAGAGUGUGAUGCUGGAACGAGAGCUUCUGCAGAAAGAGAUGGAGGAGUUCCCUGCACUCCUCCUCCAGGCUGUGAUGCCUUCUACUCCAUUUUUUCUCCCGCUGUCAGACCCGAUCAUGCCCACAUACAUGCCUGUAUCCAAAAGUGGUCCACCUUUGGUAGACUGUGCUCUUUCCCACCAUCCACAUGUGCUAAAAUCCAAGACUCUAGACUGCACAGACACACUGGCUGAGAAUGUCUCUCUAAAAGUGUGUGAGAACUGGGAAGUUUUCACUGUGAGAAAGUCGAGUCUGGAAUGUCUGCCAUUGCCAUCAAUUCAGUCUCCACUACGUUGCUGCAGUGCAAGUCCAGGUGUUGAUGUGGUUAAGACCAUGCCGGACAGCGUUUCUGAUCUGAUCAGUGUUGCUGAUCCGUCUGCCGUCAAGCCAAAAAGUUUUACUGUUGACACUGUGUCAAAGCAAGAAAUUCCUUCCUCACUGACUAUGACAGACGUGUUGGUACAGGCUAAAUCACCACACAAAAGCAGCAGGUCUUUGAGACAGGGGACUUCUGUGCCUAUGGACAGUGUGGAGGGUGCAAAUCAAGACUGUUUCAAAAAAGCUGUAACACGGCCAUUACCCUUUUCUGUAGAGGCUUUGCUCAUGAGAUGAUGAUAAGAGUAACUUUCAAUUUCACUGGAAAGCAUAAUUAUUUUCUUGUUAGGCAGUAUAAAAAAACAAUUUUGAGUUUUUAAUAAACUUUUGUUCAUUUAUUACUUAACUGUUGGGCUUGUCAAAGCAUUAUAUAUUAUGUGAUUAUUUUAUUACUUGGUAAAAAUAUUUUUAUAAUCCUGUUUAAUUUUAAGACAUAAAAUUCUUAAAUUACACAAUACAGAAUUUAAAUGCAUACACUCUAACACUCUAAGGUUUUGUAACCAAUGUAUUCAUGUUGAUUUAGUCAUAUUAAAAAAAAAACUUGUUUUUUUUUUUUACUUGAAGGCUAUAAAACCGGUUAAUUUUGAUGUUAUCACAUGCAUAGCUGACAAAACAUUUUACAUCUAACCUUUACACUCUCUGUCCAGUCCUUCUCUACAGUAUUUCAAAAUUUUGGGAUACAUUUUGACAUUAGAUUAGAAUUGCAAUGUUCUUUCUUGUAUAUGUAAAUAGUCAUUACUAACAAUUUUUUAUUAUUAUUAUUAAUAUAAUCAAAACAUAAAAGUCUGAUGUAAACUCAGAGGUAACUGUGGAUCAAAUGAAAAAAAAAGUGUUAAGAAAAAGAAGGUUUUAAUAUUGAAUUAAUAAUGUUGUUUCAUAGUGGUUGAAUUGAAGUGAUGCCUGGAACAUCUGUAUAUUCAAACAGAAGGCUCCCAGAAAGGUUCUUUGGAUGGUUUCUGGUGUGUUUAUUAAAUAUUUUUAAUUUAAAGAAACUAAUGAUGGGCUCCCAGAGAGGAACCAACCCAAAGGGGUAAGCAAAACGACAUGCAUGUGCCUGAGAGUUCAGAGGCACGGACCUAUUCUAAUAUGACCCCAGGAAAACAAGUUACUCAGUAUGUUUUAUCUCCCGUUUCCUUCUACAUCUUUAUCAAGAUGUUCAUUCAUUUCCUUCUUCUUCUAUUUCUUCUUCUUCUUCUUUUCAUGUGUACAUGAAUAGUAAACUACUGUUCCAUACCAAUGAAAUAUGCUCGACUGACCUUUUACUUCAAGCGGUCCUGGACCCCUAUACAACUAAAUUGACUCCCAUAAGUUGAAUAAAUAAAUAAAUAAAUAGUGGGGUCCUAUUCUAUUUCAUUGUAUUACAGUUUUUUCAGUCGAUUUUAUAUAUUUCUCCAAACUAUAAUCAGUGCUCUUAAAACAAUUCACACUGCCGUAGAAACAGACACUCAAAUUUGCAUAACAAAUACAUUUCACUGUAUAAUGAAGCAAUGUAUUCUUUUCUGAUAAUGCGUUUAUUAAAAUUAAAUACUAAUAUCAAAGCAAUAGAUGUGUUCUCUAUUAAAUUCAUAACAUGUUCAGCUAUAGACACACAACUCUACUAUUGAAUUAACACAUUUAUCAUAAAAAUCCACCGUAAAGACCUUUUUCCAUGUGUUUUCAUAAAAUGUCUCUAAAUUUCUAGUUGUCCCUGCUCUUCCUCUUCCAAUGCCAUUCCUCCCUCUUCUUCUUUUUUGUUGAGACUGAAGUCACUGUAGAUCUGCUCACAUUAGUUUGAACACUCUGUGUGUCUUAGAGAGACCAUAAUUCAUAACACGAUCAAUUAGAGGGACUCGCAGAUCAUUUGAGUCCUCUUUACUCUAAUGUUCCACCCUGAUGUCCUCUUUCUGUUCACCAUCAUUACACCAUCUCCAUUUGGUCUUUCCUGAAGUCUUUCCAUGCACACACCUGAAAGAGUUGAAAAAACUUUCCCCUUUUCUCAUCACUUCCUCAGAUUUUCUCUUUCUUUACCCACUCUACCUCUUCUUCAUCUUCCUCAUUGUUUGUUUGCUGUGAAUUUUCAUAUUUUACCCCUUUUAUUGAUAGCAGAGUCAUGAUAGUUGUGUGAAAAAUUUAGUAAAUUGCAUUUUCUUUUCUGUGUGCAUUACUAACACAGCCGAUAAUAAUAUGAAGGGAUUUGGCAACCUGACAUGUGCAUUUGAGAAUAUGACUUUAAUUUAAUUGUCUGUGUUAACUGUUUUGAAAGCAUGAGUUUUGGAUCAGAGAAAUUUGUAUGUAGUGUUUCGAGAAAAUGAGGAAAUCAAGAAUAAAUGCACAAUCUAUU